UAUGGAUGCUUUGAUAUCAAGUAUGCUAUGUUGAAGAUUCUCAGUUCAUUGAUCGAGAGAAAGAGUGUUGGUGUUAUUUUGGAUAUCUGUGGGAAAAUGGAAAAUGGGAUGAUGGGUGGUAAGAGACAUCAUUUUGAUGUUUAUAGCUUUGUGAUGGGUAGGUUUCUCCAGAAUAACGAGGUUGAAAUGGGCCUGGAAUUCCACAGAAGGAUGACUGGGAAUGGGUUUGUGCCUAAUAUUUUAGUUUGUAAUAAAAUUUUAAGGACUCUUUACAAAGAAAAUCGAGGGGGUGUUGCACAUCAGUUUUUCUUAUUGAUGCAAGAAGUAGGUCCAAAGCCAAGUCUGGUGACAUUUAGUACGAUGAUUAAUGCAUUCUGUAAGGAAAGAAGGUUGGAUGAGGCAUUCAAACAUUAUGUUUUAAUGACCGCAAAAGGUAUAGAGCCUGACAUAGUUGUUUAUAGCAUUUUAAUUGAUGGUUUGUUCAAGGCUGGAAAGUUCGACAAGGCAAAUCAACUGCUCUCAGCUGCAUUAGGUAAAGGCAUAAAAUUGGAUGUUGUUUGUUUCAGCACCAUAAUUGAUGGUCACAUACGAAGGGGAGAUAUUCUAAGAGGUGUUGAAGUUUAUAAGAGAAUGUUAAGGGAAGAAGUCCGGCCAAGCAUUGUUACAUAUAGUAUCCUUUUAAAUGGCUUGUGCAAAAAUGAUCGGCUUCUCGAGGCAUUUGGAGUGUAUGGUCAGAUUGUAAAAAACGGCAUUCAGCCAUCUCUUGUUACUUACAGUAGUCUUAUUGACGGUUUCUGCAAGCUAGGAAAUUUUAUAGAGGGAUUUCAUUUAUAUAAGGAUAUGGUAAAUAAGGGACAUAUUCCUGAUGUUACUGUUUGCAACAUGCUUAUAAAUGGUCUCGUUAAACAAGGGUGGAUGGACGAUGCACUUGUGUUCUUUUAUCAAGUUGUUAAAAGCGGAUUAGUUCCCAAUGUUUAUAUAUUUAAUACAUUGAUGGAUGGGUUCUGUAGAUUGAAACAAAUAAAGGAGGCCAUAAAUCUGUAUAUUCUGAUGGGUGCUUAUGAUAUAGUCCCAGAUCUAGUGACUCACACUCUAAUUAUCCGAGGCAUUUUUGAGCUAGGGAGAUUUCGUGAAGCCUUAGCGUUUUUCUUCCAAAUCCUGAAGAGGGGAUUCCUUCCCGAUGUUGUUACAUAUUGUGUUCUCAUUGACGGGCUUUGCAAAUGUCAUAAUCUAGCUGCCGGAUUACAGGUUUUUGAGCUUAUGAAGAAAACUGGAACACAACCUGAUAUUGCCAUUUAUAAUGUUCUCAUAAAUUCACAUUUCAAAGAAGGUCAUUUGAGAAACGCAUUGGAGCUGUUCAAACACGUCUUGGAUUGUGGACCAGAUCCCAAUAUUGUGACCUACAACACUGUAAUUUGUGGCUACUGCUCUAUGAAAAUGUUGAAGGAAGCCAUUCGACUUUUUGAAGAGCUGAAGCAGAGACGAAUCAGGUACAACACAAUUACCUUAACAAUUCUGAUUGAUGGGUUCUGUAAAGAAGGUAGAAUGGACGAUGCAAUGUCAUUAUUCUCUGAAAUGACGGGAAAAGAUAAACUCCCCAAUGUGGUCACAUACAGCUGUUUAAUUGAUGGCUACUUCAAGAUUUACUCUUUGGAAACAGCUUUCGAGCUCCACAAAGCAAUGCUCAGCAACAAUAUUUCCCCAAACAUCAUAAGCUACACAGUUCUGAUUGAUGGCCUUUGCAAAAGGGGAAUGGUGAAAGAAGCAUCAUCUAUCUUUUAUUCUGCUUUGAGAUGUGGUUUAUUGCCCGAUGUCAUAACCUAUGGUGUUCUGCUCCGUGGUUACUGCAAGUUUGGAUGGUUGGUAGAAGCGAGAUCAUUGUAUAACCACAUGCUUGAAGCUGGGAUUAAGCCGGAUAGCCUUGUACAGAAUACAAUUGCAGAAUACGAUCUUCAUCCUUGAACAAGUAGACAACUCGAGAAGGAACCAGUUUCUAUUUGUACUGAAUACACUGUACAAUACCUGGGCAUUUUAGCAUGUUCUUAGUAUUAUUAUUAUUCAUUGUAAAGUAUAGAGGUUAGGGAUUCCAAGUUUGUACUAUAGCAGAACUACAUAUUAAUGGAAAAGUCUCUACAUAAUUCUACUUUCUCUACAUUCCGGGGUAUAAA